GUCACCUGUGUGUCCCCCCGCACUAUCGUCCCCCCAGCCCGAGGCCGAGUGAGGCCGGGAGGCACGUUCCACCAGAUAGAUGGUCAUUGUGAAGGCUGCGUGUUGAGCAGGAUUCCGGAAAGGGGGCUGUGAGCAAUGUCACCCCUCGUGUCACCCCUGCCCUAGACCACUGUGGCGAGCCCCUCUCCCCGGGGCCGCUCACACCAUCCCUUGGGACGAGAUUGCCGCGUCCUAGGACAGCGCUGGGGGCACAUACGUUUUGGCCCGCAGGGUAACGACAGUGGUGAUUUUGUGGUGGGGUCUGUCGUUCACAGGACGAGGGACCUCAGAGCCUGAGAUGAGAAGGUGCCGGUGAGGUCCGUUCACCCUCUUCCUGCAGCUGGAGAGGGCAGGCGGGGGGCCCAGCUCGGGCGCCGCUCACGUCCUUGGAGACACGUUCCAGGGACAGGAAGCACAUCGGCAUCCUGUGGGUGUGUGUGCCCGUGUAUGAGCGAGCAGGCGUGUGUGUCGGCACGCGUGCGUGCACACACAAGCGCGAGCGCGUGCAAGCAGGGGGCACGUCUGCACCCGCUCACGUUAGAGUGUGGGUGUGCAAGCACCUGGGAGUGCGUGCGUGCGCACAGGCAACAGGGUGAGCGUGCAAGCACCUGCACUGUACGUGCACACGCGAGUGCGAGCGAGUGUGCACGGGUGUGCGCGCGCGUGAGCUCACGUGAGUGUGAACGUGCCUGUCCACACACAUGGAUGCGUGCGUGUGUGCGUGUGAACGAGCGUCACAGUGCACUAGCAAUCCCCCUGAGAUCCCUAGUUCUUGGGCCCCGUGUUGGGCAAGAUGCCAGGGUUUCCUCGCAGGGGCCUGGGGGCGGGGGCUCUUUGCCCGAUGGACACGUGACCAGACCCUUCUUGAAGUCAUGGGCGUGACGUCCUGGAGAGACUCCCCUCUCCCCGCCACGUUGCGGUGCGUGGUUAUUUUGUCCUCAGAGCGUUUACAUGGGAAAGAAGAACGUGGAAAAACCCUGCGGCCGUCAUGCAGAAGAACAUGCGUAAAUAGUAGCUGGAAGGAAAUACCUCACUGCGGAUGGAGUGAAAAGGCCGCACAUGGUUUUCUGUUUGUGCUUGUAACAAAAGGAGGGUGAGGGAGGACCCAGCUCGAAACAGACGGUCACUUUUGAGAGUUUCUUAGAAUCACGUGAGUUUUGAUACAAAGGGAAAGCACGCUGUGACAACGCUUCGUGGACAAUUCCAAAUCAGCACGAAGUGCUCAGCCGGAGAGAUGUCUUGACCUCGCUCGGCUCUCUUGGGGCCUCCGGCUGGGCGUUCUCCCGGUUGGAACCUUGGCCAGACCGGGAGUGAUGUGCGAAGAACUCGGGCUUCAGGAUUGAAUCUUCCAGUCGCUGGCUGUGUGGCCUCUCUGACCCUCAGUUUCCGUAUCUGUGCGAUGGGAGGCAAGGGAUCCACUGCAUAGAGUCGCAGUUCUGAACGUGCGAGAAAAUAGCACACAGGACCACUUGCCAGGUUUAGAAUGUAAAGGUGUGAGCGCACCUUCCUGUUUUAUAGACGCUCUCGUCCGUGACAGCGGUCACGGCUCUCAGAAAUAGAAGAAUAUCGCAAAACAGAUUCAUCUCACACGUUUAAACGUUCAGGCUUUUUCAUUUAUCGCUGCUGCUGAUUAAAUCCCGUCUUUUCUCGACUAUUGUGUUAUAGCUCCAAGAUGUACUCUUCUCGUAUUGAAACUUUUUUUUUUUAAUCCCAGCGGUUUCUGAGUCAAUCCCGACUACCGGCUUUCUGCAGAGGGCACUGCCUUCCAAGACGCUCACGCUGAGCCCCUCCGCUGCCUGAUUGUUUCCACCUCCUCGUUGUUGUUGUUGUCCUGGAAUCUGUCCUGUAACCACUAACCGCGCGAACGCGGCCGUCCGUCAUCCUAGCGGUUAACCUGCUGAGGAUAGGAGGUGUAGCAACGGUGCUGUGGGAGUUGGGCUGGAAGGUCCCUUUCUGGAAGGCCUGGGUUGUGGUGAGAGCGCCAGGGGAAUAACACCUCUGAACCCUCCGGCCAAGACGGAUCUUGGUUACCUUCCCUGAGAGUCUUCCCAGCGGAACUAGUGAGGUCUUGACCUGGCGCUAACGGGCUCCAGCUUCGGUGCCAACCAGGCAGCGAAAGACGGCCUGACGGACGACGAGGACGGCCUCGCCCACGAGAAAGUACCUCGUGUGAAACUUACAUGCCAAACGCACACACCGGGCGUGGCGGCCACCGAGAUAAAACCUACGUCGGCCGAAGCCCCAUCACCCGCUCCGUUUUUCACUCCUCUGGCUCUGUCUGCCUCGCGCCCCUGUUCACAGGAGCGAACAGAAUUGUGUCCUCGUGGAGAUGGCUUUGUGGGGACCGUGCCGACUUUACGCCGUGAGCGGCUGUACCGCCAUCUUCGUGGCGAGCCCGCCGGUGUCCGUGUUGGUGCGUCGGGGUGCUCGGUGAUGAGUUACGUUCCUGCUCUCCCGUGGUGGCCCACUUUGACGCUUUUCCCUUUUAGAUGCUGACCGGGAACGGACGUCUCUGAGACUGCCGCUUCGCGGCCCUCAGAUCACCCCCCAGGAAGAGGUCUCUGGGUUCCGGCCUAUGAACAUUUUUAUGGCUUUGAUCCGUAUUGUCCAGUGGUGUGAAGGACGCUUUGCUGAAUCUGAUGUACCACUUUGAUUUGGUGCUGUUUUCUCCUGCCAGUUUGCGACGAUACGGUAAGAGAAUACCUUGUGCUUGAUGGAGGGAGUCAGAUCUGGGUCUGAAAUGUGUUUUCUGCGUAACAACGAGAUGGGACCUAGCGAUGCCGCCUGGCGGUUGGGUACUCACCUUUCCCGAAAGAUGCAAUCUGUCUGCUGCGAGAAUGGGCUGUGCCACGCGGGCCCCCCGAGGGACACGGCCGCGCUGGUGGCGGGUGUUAACAAGCAGGCAUAAGGGACCGUUCCCCCGGAGCACGCUCUCUGAAGCCAUCGCCACCGCCAGCAGGAACAGAAGGGCCCUUUCUCCAGGCCCCGGUGGCCCAGACCCCUUUGUGUAGCCGCCCAGGAGAGGCCUAGAGCCGCACUGCCUCCGACGACCAUGCUCGGCACCCUUGGGCUGGCCCUGCUGGCUCUGGUCAGCACGGUGGGCCCGAGCCAGGCCAGCGGCUUUACAGAAAACGGCCUUUCCUUGCUGAGUUUCCAGCUGUGCAACUACACCGUGACCCGAAACGUCCAGAAAGUGGAGGCCGUCCACACGUCGCACGUGACCUACACUCCCUGCGGCGGGUGGAUCCCGUGGAGGAGGUGCCCCAAGACGGUGUACAGAACUCAGUACCUGGCCGUGGACGUCCCCCAGCCCAGGAACGUGACCGACUGCUGUCGGGGUUAUGAGCAGCUGGGCCUCUACUGCGUCCCGCCCCUGAAUCGGUCCAGGGAGUUUGCCUCGAGACCCGGGGUCUGCCCCGCGGUGGGGCCAGGAGCACCCGCCUCGCCGUGCACGCUGGACACAGACUGCCCCGGGCUUCAGAAGUGCUGCGUCUCCCCCCGGGGCCACCACUGUGUGGCUCCCGCUCCCCGAGCUCCAGAGAGGGACCCGGUGACCUUCUGGUACGACGUGACCGUCCUGGUGAAAAUGGCCUUCAAGGAGCUGGAGGAGGUGGACCCCAGGCUGCUGAAUCACAUGCGGCUUCUGUACUCCAUGGUCACCAGUGCCUUGCAGCCGCUGCACCCCUCCGUCCACCACCUGCAGUCGGCCAGUGGGGACCCCUCGACCACGGUGUCGCAGCUGCUGCUGGGCCUGCCGUGGCCGGCGCCCGUGGCCAACGUCUCCGCGACGCUAGACAGCAUCGUGCAGCGCGUCUAUGAAGUGAUCGACAUCCGGGUGCGAGGUGCUGCCUUUCCUCUCCUUGGUGGCCGUGGCGGGGGGCGGGGCUGCAGGGAUGACAGUCCAGCAGACUGCCCUCCCAUCCGGGACUACAUGACCCUCAACGUCACCAGCAGCAGCUUUCGGGUGUCUUGGCAUUUACAUUCUCCCUGGCCCCGCACUUUCCACGUGCAGGUGUACAAGGGGGAGGAGCUCCUCCGGAGCGCCAGGACCGCGGGGAGGAGCCUGGAGGUGGCGGGGCUGGAGGCCGGAGAGCUCUACGGGGUGCGGACCGGCUACCAGGGGUGCGGGGCCAACGUCACCGCCACACUGGCCGUCAGAACCGAUGCCCGGGUAUUCCAAGUCACCGUCAGGGUCCUCAACCGCAACGUGACGGGGGCCCUUCUCAACCGCAGCAGCACCGAGUUCCGGGACUUUUCUCGACAACUGCUCCACGAGGUUGAAAACUCCUUCCCGCCAGCCGUCUCCGACCUGCACAGGAGAGGGAAGCUGAGGACACAGAUGGUCUCUCUCCAGGCUGGAAGCGUGGUGGCGACGCUCAGGCUGACCGUGCAGGACCCCGAGUUCCCAGUGGGGGUCUCCACGCUGGCCCCCAUGCUCCCGCCUCUGCUGGCCAGCACCGUGUUCCAGAUUGAUCCGCGGGGGACGCUCGUGCAAGAUUGGGACGAGUGUGCAGACAGCCGGGGGCACGACUGCUCACCCGCUGCCCAGUGCAUCAACAUCGAGGGCUCCUACACCUGUCGGUGCCGGACGGCCAGGGACGCCAACCCUUCCCGCGCGGGCCGGGCCUGUGAGGGUGACGUGGUGAGCCCCACGGGAGGGGUGCUGGCUCCAGCAACAAGUGUUAUGGCCCCAGCUCUCAGCACAGAGACAGCAGCCUUUGGCCCAGAGAUGUCUGCCUUGUGGCCCAGCCCUGGGCACCCGGGGGGCACCCCUGCAGCAAAUCAGGCCCAGACCCCGGGGCCCCCACCCAGGAGAGGGGGCAGCGGCCCGGUCGGGAAGGACAAGAACAGCACGAGGCAAGGCCUGGAGGAGGGAGCACCCAGCAGGGCCCCAGGCCUGGUGACAGGCCGGUGGCCAGCCAGCACGGCUCCUGGGACAACCCACAGCUCCCCUUCUGGGCCCACGAAUGGCUCGCUGAGCACCCCUGGGUGGUUAUCAAGAGACUCGAGCACGGAGCGGCCCCUCUGGCCCAGUCCUACCGAGGGCCCCACAGGCCACAUCGUCUGGCACGCCAGCCUCCCCACUGGGGACACAGCACCAGCAGCUCUGGACCCCACAAGGCCACAGAACUUGGUCCCCCGACCCUCCGGCUCCCCGGACCUUCCCUCGGCCCCCACCCCUGAGUCUCUGAAGCUUCCAGCCUGUGUUCCCGUCCCCAUCGAGAGGGUCACGGUGUCCAACGUGAGCAGCACCAGCUUUCACGUGGCAUGGGCGGCGGAUCUCACCCCGCACCCCACCUUCCGGCUCACCCUGACCUCCCCGCGGAGCCCCGCGGUGCACCUGGAGACCCGAGACGCAAGCCUGACGCUGUCGGGCCUGGAGCCUGGCGUCCUGCACCUGGUGGAGAUAGCGGCCAAAGCUUGCGGGAACGGAAGCGCCAGGGCCCGCCUGAAAGUCAGGACAGCGGCCCAGAAGCUCAGAGGGAAAGUCAGAAUAGCCAACGUCAGGUACGAGGAGCCCUUCCGGAACGCAAGCAGCAGGGAGUAUCAGGACUUCCUAGAGCUGUUCUUCGGGGUGGUGCGGGAUUCCUUGCCGGCCGCCAUGCUUCGGCACGUGGACGCCGGUGGGGUCCAGAUGGAGGUGACCCGCGUCGCCAACGGCAGCGUCGUGGUGGAGUUUAACCUGCUGAUCAUCGCAGACGUCGAUGUCCUCGAGGUGUCUGCCGCGUUCCUCGUCGCCCUCCGGAACGCCUCUCUGCUGGAGGUGGUCGGCGAGGACACCUUCAUACAAGAUUACGACGAAUGUGACAGCCAGGAGCACGACUGUGAGCCGGGCGCGUCCUGCCACAACACCCUGGGCUCCUACACCUGCAGCUGCACGGGAGGAGCCCCCCGCUUCCCUGUGGAAUUUUCGGGAAGAUCCUGUGACGGUGACUCUCCCAGAAGCACAACCCAGGCUCCUGGCCCCCCUCUGGCCGCUGGCCCCGAGCAGGCCCCCACCCCGGCGGGAACCGCGGCUGCCAUGGCACCAGGUGCCGGCCCGGGUCCCCGGGGCCUGCCCCCGCGACUGAACCUGACCGAGGCGGUCAGGGUGCUCUGCGACAUUGAGAAGGUGGCCAUCGCCGUCCAGAGGCGCUUCCUGCAGCAGGAGUCCAUCCCCGAGUCCUCCCUGUACCUGGGACACCCAUCCUGUAACGUGAGCGACCACAACAGCACGCACGUGCUCCUGGUGGCCGGGUGGAGCGAGUGCGGGACCGUCGUGCAAAGUAACGUGACGAAUACAGUGGUGAGGACCACCCUGAGGAACGACCUGUCCCCUGAGGGCAUCAUCCACCAUCUGAAGAUCCUGAGCCCCAUCCACUGUGCCUUCCAGAACGACCUCCUGACAUCGUCAGGCUACACCCCAGAAUGGGGGGUCUAUACCAUCAUCGAGGACCUCCAUGGUGCUGGCAGUUUUGUCACCGAGAUGCGGUUGUUUAUUGGGGACUCCCCUAUACCUCGAAAUUAUAGUGUGUCUGCCAGUGAUGAUGUCAAGAUCGAGGUGGGGCUCUAUAAACAGAAGAGCAACCUCAAGGUGGUCCUGACCGAGUGCUGGGCGACACCAUCCAGCAACGCCAGGGACCCGGUCAUGUUUGGCUUCAUCAACAACAGCUGCCCCAUCCCCAACACACACACGAACGUGAUCAAGAACGGGGACUCCAGCAAGGCCCAGUUUAAGCUGAAAAUCUUCUCCUUCAUCAACAACUCCAUCGUCUACCUGCACUGCAGGCUUCGUAUUUGCAUGGACUCCCCUGGAAGCACGUGCAAAAUAAAUUGCAAUGACGUCAAGUCCCCGAGAAGCAGCGAGGCAUCCACCAUACACCAGACAUCCUGGGGACCCCUCGUCCGGUCUGAAGGUGAGCGUCCAGGCGCGGAGCCGGGCCUGGGAGCCGGUUACCUGGUCCUCAUCGUGGUGGCCAUCUUCGCCGUGGUGACCGGGGCGGCUGCCCUUGUCCUCGUGCACUACCAGAGAAUGACAGGCAAAUACAGCUUCAGAGCCGGGCCGGACGACUUCGGCUACCAGGUGUUCUCUGGGUAGGCGGUCCUGGCGGGCCCACAGGUGGGUGAACAGCCACGCGCCUCCGAUGCGCG